GUCGGUUUAAGACGUUUAUUUUGACUUUUGCGGCUAAUUUGAUAAGUUUAAAGUUUUUACGUUUAUCGUAGCAUUUUAAGAUGAGCUCCAUUGUUGGAAAAAUCUACUCGUUGUCUUGUGAAAAUUUUGUUACUUACGAUAAAAUCACGGUGUUCCCCGGAGAGUACUUGAACCUGAUCAUUGGCCCAAAUGGAACCGGGAAGUCGACGCUGGUUGCUGCCAUAGUGCUGGGAUUGGGUGGAGAACCCAAGUUGCUUUCACGGGCGACGAACAUUCGCGAUUACGUUAAGAAUGGAAAGGAGAAAUCUUGGAUUGAGAUUGCGAUUUACGUGGAUGAGAAUCGGAGGCAAGCUAGGUACCGGCGGUCGUUCGAUUUGAGCGGGAAAUCAAUGUAUAGCGUGGACGGGAAGACUGUGACCCAAGGCCAGUACUUGAAGCUAAUUGCGCAAUAUAAUAUACAAAUCAGCAACUUGUGCCAGUUCAUGCCACAGGAUCGAGUUCAGGAUUUCGCUAAAAUGAAUCCACAAGAACUGUUGAACAGUACACAAGAAGCAAUCAGCACACCUGAGAUGAUUCAACAUUUCGCGAAACUGAAAGAGCUCAGAAACAUUCAACGAACUGGUGGUAACACGCUUCUUGACAAUCAAAAACGGUUGAAGGAACUGGAGGAACGAAAUGCUCAAUUGAAAGAUAUAAUUGAAAAGGUUAAAAUUCGAGAAAAAUUCAUCAACGACAUCGAAAUCGGAAAAAAGAAAAAACUUUGGCUCGAAUUCGAUGAAAUUCAGAAGGACUUAGACAAAAUGAGCGAAAUAAUGAAGAAAGCGCAAUACGAUGUGACUCGAGAUGAGAAGAUUUUCAAAGAUAUGCAAAAUCUUUCCAAAGAUAUCAUUGCCACCCGCGAAAAACUCUCUCGCAACGCAACCAAUGAGGCCAAUAAUGUUACCAAAUUGUCUGCCCAACUGGAUAAGCUGGAAGAAAGUCUUGCCGAAUGUGAAGAUACUAUACUGACUGCUGAACGUAACCUGAACAGCAAGAAAACUGACAUGGCAGAACGAGAAAACGAAAUAGUGCAAGCCAAUCGUCUUCUUGAAGGCUACGUACAAGAUUUGAGGGUUGCUACUGAAUCGAUAUCCGGUUCAGAGUUCAAAAAAGAAUUAGCAUCUUAUAACGCCGAUAUCGAAGGAAAAAGAGCAGAAAUACGGAAUCUGAACGAACGGCGGAUCGAUAUCAACCACGAAAUUGACCAUUACCAACCGGAACUCAAUAGCAUUCGAAAUCGAAUCAAUAGAAUCCAAAAUGAAGGCGAACGUCGUCUCAACAAACUUCGCCAACUCAACACCGAUGCUUAUACAGGUGUACAAUGGCUGCGGAAAAAUCGUCACAUAUUCGAAGGGCAUGUGUAUGAACCACUGAUUCUUGAGUUGCGAGUGAAAAAGCCGAGUGACGCAAAGUAUAUCGAAAAUACUGUAGCUAGACGUGAUUUGCUUGCAUUUGUCUGCACGCAAAAAGAAGAUGUUAACUUGUUAAUUCAAAAACUGUGUAAUGAGCAACAUCUGAAAAUCAAUGUCUUGCAUUCUGAUCCAGCUGAGCAAUGUCAAUAUCGAGCAGACACACCUAUAUCGCACUUGAAGAAAUGGGGAUUUUAUUCUUACCUUCUAGAUAUGAUUGAGGGGCCGGCUCCUAUUUUGAACUACCUAUGUAAAGCUUACCAGAUACACAAGACUUUGGUAGCCAGCGACGAAGUAGAGAACCAUGUUGAGAGGCUCCCUCGUGACAUAAGACUUUUCUUUUCAAGUCAAAACCGAUUUCAGAUAAUCGUUUCGAAAUAUUCUGGCGAAGCUUCGUCAGUUUGUUCAAGGAUAAGUGAACAAAAUUUACUUUGUGCUGAUAUCGAUGAAACGCAAUUAGAUGCGCUGAAUGGCCGCUUGCAGGAUAUCACGCGCACAACUGAUCAAUUGAAAAAUAAUCGAAAUAAUAUUGAAGCUAAGAUUAAUCAAUGCAAUGAACAAGUGAAUGUAAUUAAUAAAAUGAAAGCAAAAUUGGAAGGUAAAAUGUUGGCCAUACGAGAUAUAAAGAGGAACGUUAAAGAUCAAGAACAAAAAAUAGCUAGGCUAAAGCGCGACGAAAUCGAUAUUGAGCAGGAAACAGAAAACUUCAAAACAAUUUGCAACCAAACGAUACAAAAGAUGAUAAGUACUCAACGAUGUAAAGUCAAAUGUUUUGAGGAAUACCAAGCGGCACUGGAAAAAAAGGAGUAUGCAAAGGCCAGGCUACUGGUUUACAGUAAGGAAACGGUAGACAUUGAAAAUCAACUAAAAACUGCAGAGGAUGAAUACAAAACAGCAAAGCAACGCUAUGAAAAAUUGCAAAAAACGGAGCAAGAAGUUGUAGCCAAACGAAAUGCGAAAGAAAGUGAAGCAUUGGCAUCCUGUAAUGGGAAGCAUCGAAAUGAUCGUAAAUUUCCAUUUCGAGAACAAUUUGCAGAGUUACCUGACAAUUUGGAAGAGUUGGAAGAACAUUUGGUUGAGAUGAACACUCGAGCGGAUUGCAUGAAUGAGUACCAAGCGGACAUUACCAACUACAAACAACAAUUGCAAGAAAUAGAUCACCUUCGUAGAAUAAUAAACAGCGCCCAAACAGAUCAAUCCAAACUGUCCUCAGACAUAGAUAAAAUCCAUGAAAUUUGGUAUCCAUAUUUCACAGAAAAAAUUAAGAGAAUAAAUGAAAGUUUUGCUAAAUUCAUGUCACGAUUGGAAUAUGCCGGGGAAGUGAAUCUUACUCACACGGCUCCAAACGACUACGAUACAUAUGGAAUUCAAAUUCUAGUACAAUACCGGAACAAUGCCAAGUUGCAGGCAUUGGAUAGAUUCAUACAAUCUGGUGGAGAGCGAGCAGUUGCCAUUGCACUUUACAGUAUGACAUUGCAAAGCUUAACGCACGUACCAUUCAGAUGCGUGGAUGAAAUCAAUCAAGGAAUGGAUCCCAAAAACGAGCGAAAAGUAUUCAAUCUGAUUGUGGAUGAAACGUGUCAAGAAGGAAGUUCUCAGUACUUUUUCGUUACCCCCAAGCUUCUUCCUGAUCUAAAGUCUAGUGAAUUGCUGACUGCUAUCAUUGUCUUCAAUGGUAACCUGUCGUCGCCAGAUAUUUUCAACAACGCAGUGAAAUAAUCCGAAGGUUAUUUCUUUAUAACUUUUUCUCUAUAUAAGGCUAUUAUUAUGGUUUUGUUUUUCUACCAAGGAAAGAAUGCACUUUUGAUACACAGUUCAAUAUAGUUUUCUAUAAAAUAA